GAGUCUGACAAGUUUGAAGAUCUCAAGUUGACCGAAAAGACCAUGAGGGCAAUUCAAGAGAUGGGCUUCACAAAGAUGACCAGCAUCCAGCGCAGCGCCAUCCCACCUCUUCUCGCUGGCAAGGACGUCCUCGGUGCAGCUAAGACUGGAUCCGGAAAGACGCUCGCCUUCCUGAUUCCCGCCAUCGAAAUCCUCAGCUCUCUCCGAUUCAAGCCUCGAAACGGCACUGGCGUCAUCGUUGUGUCCCCCACCCGAGAGCUUGCGCUCCAGAUCUUCGGCGUCGCACGCGAGCUGAUGAAGCACCACUCACAGACGUACGGUAUCGUCAUUGGAGGAGCCAACCGAAGAGCAGAGGUCGAGAAGCUGACCAAGGGCGUCAACUUGUUGAUUGCCACCCCCGGCCGACUGCUCGAUCACCUCCUCAACACCCAAUUUGUCUUCAAGAACCUCAAGUCUCUGAUCAUCGACGAGGCCGAUCGUAUUCUGGAAGUUGGUUUCGAAGAUGAAAUGAGGCAGAUUGUCAAGGUGCUAUCAAACGAUGACCGACAGACUAUGCUCUUUUCUGCGACACAGACGACCAAAGUUGAGGAUUUGGCCAGAAUCUCUCUGCGACCCGGCCCGCUAUACAUCAACGUCGACGAGGAGAAGCAGCACAGCACAGUCGAUGGCCUCGAGCAGGGUUACGUCCUGUGCGAGGGCGAUGAGCGUUUCCUACUUUUAUUCUCCUUCCUCCGAAAAAUGCAGGCCAAGAAGAAGAAGGUCAUUGUCUUCUUCAGCAGCUGCAACUCUGUCAAAUACUACUCUGAGCUCUUGAACUACAUCGAUUGUCCGGUGCUGGAUCUUCACGGCAAGCAGAAGCAGCAGAAGCGGACCAACACAUUCUUUGAGUUUAGCAAUGCGCCGCACGGUAUCCUCAUCUGCACUGAUGUUGCUGCUCGUGGCUUGGAUAUUCCCGCCGUCGACUUCAUUGUCCAGUUUGACCCCCCGGACAACACUCGCGACUACAUUCACCGUGUCGGACGAACAGCGCGAGGUUCCGAUGCCAAGGGCCGCAGCUUGCUUUUCCUUCAGCCCAACGAAGUCGGCUUCCUGUCCCACCUCAAGGCCGCUCGUGUCCCCGUCGUCGAGUUCGAGUUCCCGCGCAAGAAGAUUAUCAACGUCCAGUCGCAGCUCGAGAAGCUCAUCGGAAAGAACUACUACCUGCAGCAGAGCGCCAAGGAUGCCUUCAAGGCCUACCUGCACGCCUACGCCAGCCACAGCCUGCGGUCCGUCUACGACGUGCAGAAGCUGGACCUGGUCAAAAUUGCAAAGAGCUUUGGCUUCUCUACGCCUCCGCGAGUGGAUAUCCAGCUGGGCGCGAGCAUGGGAAAGGACAAGGUGCAGGCGAGGAGGUCGUAUGGCAGCCAGCCGAAACAGGUGGGCAAGUACAAGAGGGAUAAGAGGAAUUAGAGGUGUAAUUUAUUUAUAAGGCGCGGUAUAUAAAAUGGGAAUUAAUAAGGCGUAUUUUGUUUAUGAGUCAAGUUACUUGAUAUCUGUUAUGGAAAUGUGAAAAACUAUACUUGGAGUUUCUUCACUAUUAAGACGAGAUAAACCGAGUUGGGAUAUAGUAAAUUCCGUAUAAUUAAUGAGCGUAUUAUCUUGUGUGUGCAAACUUAACUCAGACCCAAACUCCCUUCUUUAAAACUAAAUAAUAAAGCUUGUCCAGACUUACAUCCUAUCACAACUUUGUGUCCAAGAACAGCUACCGCAUGUUUAUCUUCGGGAUGAUACUCUUUGGGUAAAAAUAUGACAUCUUGGCCCAAAUGUGUAAUCCACCACUGCUGCUCCGUCUCAUCAUACUUCAAAGCAUAUGGGAGGUGGUUGAGGCGUUGUUCGGCUGUAUCAUCUUCGAUAUAUAUGGGCCCAACCUCUGUCAUAACAUAUUGCUGGGCAUCGCUAGGAAAGAAUAGCUUGUUGAAGCCGUUCUUAUGAGAGGUUGUAAUUGACUUCAGUUCCUUCUCUUGAGGGAUUGGCUGCAAUUCAUUCUCUUGGGUAACGGGUUGCUGUUCCGUCUCUUGGGUAAUUGAUUGUAACUCCUUGCCCUUGUUAGAUGACUGUCGUUCCUUCUCUUUACCAAUAUCCCAGACUUUGAGAGUGCCAUCGCUGAGAGAGGCUAAUAUUUUCUGCGAGUUUGGGGUGACCGCAACGGCCGUGACUUCGCCACC